AUGAAUAUAUCGAAUUCCGAAUGCAGUAGUGGAUGUGAGUCAGGAUGGACUAUGUACUUGGAUCAACUUUCCAAUUCCACAAAUCAUUACAACAGGGCUUCUGAUAACUAUAGUUAUCGAGAAAAAGGAGCAUAUGUUUAUGAUGGUCAAGAAGAUGAAAACCUGUCUAUGGUGUCUGAUGCAUCUUCAGGGCCUCCACAAUUUCAAGACGACUGUGAAAACUACGUGUCCGAUGAACAGAAAAAGAACAGCAACCAGAAAAAGAAAAUGAAACAGAAAAGAGGAAAGCAACAGAAUUUGUAUCUUGAUGAUACUGCUAGCUCCCCUAUGUUUCAUUUCUGCAAGGACAAUGUAGCUUAUUCUGAUAUUCACACUUCAAUGGAACAUGCUCCUGGUUUCUCACAAGGCCUUCCAGCCCCAGAUUUUGAGGCUGACUCAAUUGCAAAGAAGCAUUUUGGUUUCUUCAAAUCAUCAGCUGAAGGGAAAAAAGCGUCUGGAAAAUCCAGCAGUUUUCUUGGAAAAAAGAGGCAGUAA